AUGGGCGGGACACAUGUUCCUCACAAGAGGAUGGCCUUCUGCUCCAACUCUCCUCUAAAACCUGAGCCCGUCAUGAAGCGUGUUGAAAUCACGGCGCCCGGUGUUGUGUCGUGGGUCGACCACCCGAAGCCCGAAGCUGGCCCUAAGGACGUUCUCCUCAAAAUCAAAGCCUGCGGUAUCUGCGGCUCAGACAGCCUGUACACCGACCACGGCGGCAUCCCGCCCUACCAGGGCUGUACGCCCCUCGGCCACGAACCAGCAGGAGAAGUUGCAGAAAUCGGAGCGGGCAUUGAGUCACCAGACGUCGAAGUCGGCGACCAUGUCGUGGUAGACACAAUGGUUUUUCAAGACGGCCUCUUGGGCUCGGGCGGUGCGCAGGGUGCGCUGAGCAUACCCUGGCACAUUGCGGCACUAAACGAGCCCAUGGCGGUCGCCCUGCACGCGGUAAACAGGACGAGCCCGAAACCGGGCUGCAAGGUUGUGGUUUUUGGCGCGGGGCCCAUCGGUCUGGGCGCGGUCUUGGGGUAUCGCAGAAAGGGGGCGAGCCACAUUGUAGUCGUGGACGUGGUCAACGCGAGGCUCGAAAAGGCUCUCAAAGUCGGCGCCGAUGCUGUCGUCAACUCAGCUGAAGCUGAAGAUCUGGCGGCAAAGUUGGUCGAGUUGCAAGGAGACGGAGCGACGGCACAGAACCGAGGCACUCGUCCUGGUACCGAUAUCUUUCUGGACGCGGCGGGCGCACCGCCGGUCCCUGCGCAGGUGUGCAAGAUGGCGAAGCGAGGCGCCACAUUUGGGAUAGUAAUCGCACCUCACAAAGUGCCCGUCACGUGCUAA